CAUUCCAUAUACAAAUCUGAAAUGUCAUUCCUAUUAUAAGCUACGAAACAUAGAAAAUUAUUGGAAUAAAUUCAGAAAUUUGAAGCUAUUUGUUCAAAAUCUAAAUAAAUAAAAUGUCAGAUUACUUUCAAGAAAUGGGUUGGCAAGAGCUAGCUGAUGGUGAAACUCCAAACCAUUUUUUACACAUGGCACGAUUAUUAAGAGAUUAUAAUAUGUUUGAAGAACUUGGACAAAAUCAACGAUUAGCACCUCCAGCUUCCAAACAGGUGGUUGAAAAUUUACCAAAUAAAGUAAUUAGUAAUAAAGAUGCAACAUGUCCAGUUUGCCUUAAGAGCCAUGAAAUAAAUGAUACUGUUAAAGAAUUACCCUGUAAACAUUUAUAUCAUCCAGAAUGUAUAAUGCCAUGGUUAGCAAAGACUAAUUCCUGUCCAUUAUGUCGAUAUGAAUUUCCUACCGACGAUGAAACUUACGAAGCUUAUCGAAAAGAAAAGAUUCGUGCUAAACAAAGAGAGGAAGAUAUUAGUAAUCUACAUAAUUCAAUGUUUUCAUAGGUUUUGGAAAUUUUUUUUUUUUAAAUUGUAGUUAAAAUAAUUUAAAAGGUAUUUA